AUGGGGGCAAAAAUACAAAACCUUUCACAACCCAUCGAGAUUCAGUACAGUAAUGUGGACAAGGAUAAUGUUACCAUUGGAUGUAAACCAUUGCCUGAUGUUUGCCGUGGAGCUAAUGCUUCUGUUGUACAGCACAGAGACGUCAUGAAAAAUCUAUCCUUUGUCCUUGAACUGAUGGGUAAUUCCGGCACAGCAACAAUCAAGAUGGGCAACAUCACAGGAGUGAUUGCGAAACUCUCCCAGGAAAUUCAAGCCAACCUGAACUUUGCCUUCACAGAAAACGCUGGCGUGAUGAUUGUUAAAGGAGGAAACAGCAAUUUUACAGGCUCAUUUCGUUUAAUGAAAAUUCCUAAAGAGGCCAGUAAAAUGGCGGUGGAGAGAAAUGGAUCAUUUCUUGGAAUUCUGUUGUUUCCAGAAAUGCAUGCGGAUGACAGCAGUAAAUACUAUUUAAACAGUGAGAUAGUGGGAAUAGAAAUGGGGGCAAAAAUACAAAACCUUUCACAACCCAUCGAGAUUCAGUACAGUAAUGUGGACAAGAAAGGAGCGAAUGCUUCUUGCGUGUCUUGGGAUGGAAACAGGAAAUCACUCUGGAUCACAGAUGGCUGUCAAACACUGGAGACCAAUAACAGCAUCACCUGCCAGUGCACACAUCUAACGUUUUUUGCCAUACUCAUGUCACCUCCACCUGCAAACAUUAGCGCUUCUGAUGUUAAUUCUCUGACCUACAUCACUUCAAUCGGUUGUGGACUGUCGCUCUUUUUCUUGAUCGUCGGUCUCUUCAUGCACGUUCUCGUCAGAAAGGGGAAAGCAAGCGAAGCAACAAAGAUUCUGAUGAACCUCUUUGUCGCCAUGUUGAUCCUGAACUUGUCCUUCUUGACCAAUGAGAGCAUUUCAAAUCUGGGUAUCAAAGGUGCAUGUGUGGCAAUAGCAGCAGUUCUGCACUACGGGAUGUUGGCCACUUUUACCUGGUUCUUCAUGCAGGCUUUACACUUGUACCUCAGUCUACGUCAAAUCUGCACUGAAGUGAAACAUUACAUGUUGAAGUUUUGCAUCACAGGAUGGGUGAUACCGGCUGUGGUGGUGAUCGCUCUUCUUGCCUCCCAGAAAUAUAAUUCUAUUAAUAUUAAUACAAAUGAGGGGAAAGCAGCAACAAUGUGCUGGAUCUCUGAUGCUGGUGUCCAUCAGGGGGUCAACAUUGGUUAUUAUGCUGUAGUGUUCGUCUUCACUCUGAGUGUAUUCAUUGUAACUGUAAGGCAGAUCGUUCUAAUGUCAAAAGCAGGAAAAGCCCAAGACAAUAGUUCCAUUAAGAGCAACACUUCCACCAUUCUGGGCCUGUUCCUCCUUCUUGGCAUCACCUGGGCUUUUGCUUUUUUCAGCUACGGACCUUUGCUCCUCGCCUCCUACUACAUCUUCACCAUCCUCAACUCCUUUCAAGGUUUCUUCCUGUUCAUCUACUAUUAUAAAUCCAGCAAGAUUAUUGGAGACGGCAAAAUCCACACACAAAGUAGCAGCACAGCUACAUCAAACACAGCUGUAACAUCUCCUUAUGCAUAA